CUCUGGAAAUGGGUCAGAUUUAUUGUAGCAACGAAUCGUAGCAACACAGAGAGUCCAUGACGACGAUGGUUGCGAGAUCUUAGAUCAUGUGUUGGAAUGCGAGUGUUUGAGAACUUUACAGAUCAAAUAGUUCCGGAGCCGCGCUGUCCUGAGCGAUAAACAUGGGCUGUGGGAGCUCCAAAAUCACGGUGGUUGAACCCGUAAAACCGAGCAGUCUGAACGGAAAUGAGACCGAAACUCUGGAGUUUGUUGUGGCUCAGGGAGGCUCUCGAGGUGACUCUGCAGUGUCCAAAAUGACCACAGAUAGCGGGGUCAGUCUGGAAACAGCAGAGCCAUCGGUUCUACCUGGAUCUGUACCUAGAGUCCUGCCACCGCUACAAGGCCAGAGUCCUGGAGUGGCCCAGCAAACUGAAGAGAGGCCUGAGUCUGGUGAGAUCCUGGAGCAACUGCUUGUUCAAGGAAUCAUUCCAGCUCAACCAAGACACAGAGGAAGUGGGGAAGCCUACAACAUCAUGAUGGAUGAUGUUGGGAAGCCAAGGAGAAGACCACCCGCUCGGCUAGAGUCACUGAAAAUUAGCAAAGAGCAAGAAGUCACCAGAAAGGAAGACAUUGAGGUGAAGAUGAGACAAGUGGAGGAGAGGAGAAAGGAGAAAGAGGAGGACCUGAAACACAGGUUGAGGAUUAAAUCAGCGCGGCCACGUGUCGCUGCCCCAGUGACCGCAGAGGGGGAACUCGACCUCACGGAACUGCUCCAUUCUGAACAGCUUCCUGUCCCAACCAGAACCAAACAGCUACAGACGCCAAUCAAUGGAGAGUCUGAGGACCAAAGGCUUACUGAUUCCCCAGAACUGGAAAAUGACUCCACCUUCCAACAGACUGAAGACACAGAUGAGGGAUUUUAAACCUGCUGCUUAUGUGUGUUUCAGAAUGACACAUGCAGGAUAACCUGCCUCCAUACGUACAGAAGCAGCUUGAUCUAGUGAUGUUUUGCUAAUGUACAUUCUUAGAGUUGCACAUGCACUUUACAUGUUAUUCACGUUAUUAAUCUUGUUUAUUUUAAUACAAGGUAUGGCUCAGAUCAAAUUCUGAGCUUGGGUUUUACAUAAUUAUAUAGAAAAAGAAAUGGAAAUAUGUGCCUAAUAAGUGUAAACAGGUUGAUGCAGUCAUUAUGUAGGUAGCAGAACAAUGAUUAGAAGGGUUAACAAUUCAGCAUGAUAUAUAUGUAUGAGUUAGUUGCCAAUGAGAUAUUUCUUUCAUAGUGCUCAUAUGUUUUGAAUCUUAAGAACAUUAUUCUUGUAUGAUAUACACCAUUCAAA